UCCCUGUGUCCCAGCAACGCCCACACUGAGCUCCUAUUGGCCCAAACCCACUCGCGCUGAACUUUUCUCGCUUCUCAUUGGCUCCCGCCGGGGUCAGUCACGGUGCCUUUCUCUUGACGGCGGUGUUUUGUUAUUGACUUUAAAUGUGACGGUAAACGUUUGACGGGCGGCGGUCGGUGAAGUCGGUGACAACAACAAAAAAUAAUAGAAAAAAAUGAGUUUAACUUCUCCGUGAAGAAGCUCACGUAUAAAAAAAAAAAAAAAAGACACGAAGAUGUCAGGAGCCCAUGAGUCAAACAGGAAGCGACGCCCCCCCCAGAAAAUGUUCUUGAUCUCGACCGACCUGAAGGUCCAGGACCAGCUGGACGGAACCAUUCGGCUGCAGAGGGGGUUCAUCUGCCAGGAGCAGGACAAGAGCAGAGGGGACUGCCUCUGGGUCAAGGUGUUGGACAAUGACAUGAUGUUAAAACUGGAGAGGAAGUUCCUGCACGAAGUCCCGGCCGAGCUGAGCGGCCUGCUGGAGCCCGUGUCCGACCCGGAGACCCGCGUGAAACUCCUGAACAAUCCCGGGAAGUUGCAGCAGUUGGCGGCCUUGCCCGUCGACGCUCCGCUUUGGGUCCAAAUCGGCCCACAGGACGAGCUGGCGGAGGCCGAGCUCAAAUACGUCGGGCCGCUGACCCGAGGGAGCAGCGCCGUGAUCUUCGGGGUGCAGCUCAAGGGUUCAGCAGCAGGUAAAGGAGUAAGCAACGGCUCCUAUAAAGGCCUGCGACUCUUCAGCUGCCCCGAGGCGUGCGGCCUCUUCCUGCCGGUCAGCCACAUCCGGCUCCGCCGCUGGUCUUCUCGCAACAACGGCGCGGACGCACAGGAGCGAGUACGCGAGCGAGACCGCGAUCACCACCAACACCGCAGCAAUAAUAAUCACCCCAGCAACGGGCACCAUAGCAACGACCGCCCAAAUCAUCACCAGCAGCAGCCGAGUCGUCACAUCAGUUUCCACCAGCAUCGUCCCAGCAGCCCUCCUCUGUCGCAGCCGUUCGGCAUCCUCCCUCGAACGGCGGAGUCGGUGGCACCCAUCACAGUCCAAAACCAGAUUCAGGUCCGAGGCCCGGCGUCGCCUCCGCCGCUCCAGAUCGGCCAGCGGGUGUGUUUCCCCCUGGACGACGGCGUGCACGGCGGGGAGGUGUGCUUCUGCGGCCUCCUGCCCGGGCGGUCGUCGUCAGGAGUUUACGUCGGAGUCCUGCUGGACGCUCCUGUUGGGAGCUGGGACGGGCUUUAUAAAGGAGAGAGGCUCUGCCACAUUCCUAACGCUCGCUACGGACAGCUUCUGCCAAUCAACAAGGUUUCUUUAGAGCUGAAGUCGCACCGUCACAACCAACCGUCACAAAUUCCCAAAUCCAUCCUGAAGCACGUCCCGUCCGCCGUCACCAAACCAGCCCCCGUGUUACCUCCCGUCUCUGCCCUGAAGGUCGCCCUGAUGCCCCCCAGCAAACUGACGGUCAGACCUCCUCCGCUCCCGCCGCCGAAGCCCAACCUCAAACCUCUGCCUCCGCUGCCGCCGCCUAAACCGCACAGCCCGACCUCGCCGGGCGACGCCGAGCAGCUGCAGCUGCACACCAACGGCGUGCUCGGCCCCCCGUCGCCGCUGAGGUCUCCAGACUACAGGGGAGACGCUGGGGAGAACGGAGAGGCCGGGCUGGAGGGCGAGCUGGAGGUGGGGUCGAUGGUGGAAGUGAACGACCCGCCGCUCUUCGGGGUUAUCCGCUGGAUCGGACGGAUCGGUGGGAUUUUGGAGAGCGUGGCGGGAAUUGAGCUGGAUCAGGAGCUGUCUGCAGGAACAGACGGCAGUUACCUCGGCGAACGUCACUUCCGCUGCCCGGCCAACAAGGGGCUGUUCGUCAAGCUUCGCAACUGCAGACGGGACUCCAGGUUUCCCGCCCCCGAGACGCCCGUCAACCAAGUGGAGCGGUGCAACUCUAUCGCCUUUGCAGAGUGGGGCAGCGAGCGCGUGGAGGACCACACGCCUCCUCCCGCGGACGGAGAAGAAGCCUGUGAGAUCUACCAGGGCUGGAAGAGAGGCAUCCAGGGUCACCUCAACUCCUGCUACCUGGACGCCACACUGUUCAGCCUGUUCUCCUGCUGCAGCUCGGCUGACUGGGUUUUGUUUUGGCCGCCGGACGCCGAAACAGACCAAACCGCUCAGGACCUGCUGCGAUGUGAGAUAGUCAACCCGCUCAGAAAGUACGGAUACGUGUGUGCCAGUAAGACCAUGGCCCUGAGGCGACUGCUGGAGGCUGCGAACAGCGACACAGGCUUCACCAACCAGGAGAAAGAUCCUGAAGAGUUCCUCAACAAGCUUUUCCAGCUCCUCCGAGUCGAGCCACUCCUAAAGAUCAGGUCGAUGACUCAGCAGCCUCAGGAGUGUCACCUCUACCAGCUCUUCCCGCCCACCCUUCCUCCCUCCUCCCCCACGUCUCCCUCCUUACCCCUCUCCCCGGUCGACUCCCCCAUCCCUCUCGUCUCGCCGUCGUCCAGCCGGAUGCGCGUCGCCAGCGUCCAGGCGCUGCUGGAGUCCUCGUUCCUCCACGCCGGCCUCAAGUUUGUCGAGGCUCCCUCCUGCCUCUUGCUGCUCAUGCCUCGGUUCGGGAAGGACUUCAAAAUGUUUGACGCCAUCCUGCCCACGCUCAGCCUGGACAUCACAGACCUGCUGGACGACACUCUGAGGCAGUGCAGCAUCUGUCAGGCUGUGGCUGAGUGGGAGUGUCUGCAGUGUUACGACGACGUGGACAUCACGCCGGGUCACGUGAAGCAGUACUGCGAGACCUGCAACACACAGGUCCACAGUCACAGGAAGCGUCUGUCCCACAGUCCGGUGAAGGUCGUCGUCCCCGCGGGCCCGUGGACCGGCCCUCUGCACUGCACCCGCCAGAGAAUGUCUCUCUUUGCCGUGACGUGCAUCGAGACGAGCCACUACGUGAGCUUCGUCAAGUACGGGCCGCUCGCCACCGAUUGGCUGUUUUUCGACAGCAUGGCAGACCGCACAGGCGGCGAGAACGGCUUCAACAUCCCUCAGGUGAAGGCGUGUCCGGAGGUGGGGCGCUACCUCAGCGUGUCGGAGGAGGAGCUGAGCAGAGUGGACCCCGCCUCCUUACGGGAGCCCGCCCGCCGCCUGCUCUGCGACUCCUACAUGUGUCUGUACCACAGCCCGGAGCUCAGCCUGUACAAGUGACGGGCGACGAGCCGAGCGCCGAACACGAUCCACGCCGUCCAGACCACGAGAACAAAACCUCGCACGCCCGGAAUAAUGACGUCACGCCGAGCGGAUGAUGCAUUCUGGGUGAUCGUAGCUUCAGUUUGUGCCUCUCGUGAAGAGCGAGCAGCAAACCAAAGAAACUUUCUCAUGAAGAGCCCAACUCUAAUCUGGAUUCCUGGAUAGAAAACAGAUCUAUAACUUGUGAAACGGGAUAAAUAUUUAGUUUACCGCAAGGAGACGGACUAAAAUAAUCUUUUAUUUUUCAGCAGAUCUCAUGUCAGGAGAGGCACAAACUGAAAACGACGACUCGUCUCUGAGUAAAUGAGGUUUUGCAGCAGAUCAGGGUUUAUUUAUGUUAUUGUUUAUUGAUUUAUGAAUGUCUCCAUGCACGUCUUGUUGGUUACGCAUCAGUUUGAACGUGCAGUAUAUCCUGUUAUAUCAUCACUGAAAAAAACAGAUCACAAAUAUAAGAAAAACAAAUAUUGGCUGAUGUAUUAUGAGAAUAUUUCUCAAGAUAUUUAAACUGGAAUCAGCUCAGACGAGGUCAGAACACUGUUUACUUUUCUUUUCUUAAAUCUGAGACGCGAGAAUGAUUCAGGUUGUGUUAAACUGUUCAAAGAACAAAAAGAACUUGAUGAAAUGUGACAAUCAGCCGCUCGUGAACUCAGUGAUGUUAUUCUGAUGCCUAUAACACAUGUACACUUUGCACUGCUUCCUUUACAUGUCAGGAUGUCUGAAUAUCUAAUAUAUAUUAUAUAUAUAUAUAUUAUCAUUGCCUUAAACUGACUGUAAAGACUGCACACAGAUGUUUAAAAUAUGUUUUUGUGUCACUUACGGGUUGUUUAAUAUAUUCCAGCCGCUCACAGAAGGGACGACGUCCUCACAAAUAAAUGCUUUGAUACUCUUCUAGUUUGUUUGUUUCCACAAACAGCAUCAAAUACUAUACUAAUAAUAUGAAUAUGAAAUAUUUACCAAAAAAACAGUAAGUGACAGUAAAACCAGCUGUUUGUCAGCAGUCUUGAGGAAUCUAAAAAUAAAAACAAAAAUAUUAAUUUCA